AGGGCAGCUGCCCGUUUGCCCCUUGACUCCUCUGUGUCUGGGCUCUGGGGCUUGUGUCCUGGCCUGAGCUCUGAGCACUGGGACAGAAUGUCAAAUGGAUGUUUGCAGGAUGUGAGUUGCUGACACUCUCCCACCAAACACAAGUCCCUGAGUUCCUGGAAGAGCACCCCCACCUCUCCCCUCCUCUCAGCUCCCUUACCUGCAAAACACAUCAGAUACAUAACAGUGGCUUUAAAAACAAACUAUGGUUGGCUAUCCUCAUGGAAUAAUCUCCUGUCACUCCCUCAAAACCUGGGGGGAGGGGACCAUAAUGGCCCAGGGACAUUUCCUGGGGUGAAGCAGCCCUGAGGGAAGGGCAGGCGGGCCUCCAUGGUGCAUCCAGGUCCACUGCAGCCACUUCUGCUUGAGGCAAACCGAGAAGUUUACCAGCAGUCCAGCUGCAGGGCUCUCAGACUGUGGGAACUUGACCUACAUUUCUUCAUCUGUGAAACGGAGCCUGCACUCCUAGAGCUGAGUGAGAUUCAACAGGAAAGGUGUGGACGGUGCGAGCACAGCACCUGCCACAUGCUCUGCCCCCGUCUACAGAGGCUCUUUACUCAGGAACCAAACGGAGACAGGGCCAGCGCUCCAUUGCAGACUUCCCUGAGUCGCCAGGACACUGGUUUUCUGAUAAAAGUCUUCCAUUUGGAGAGAAAAAAAAAUCUGUUGUUGGGUGGAGAUAAGCCAAGGUAGAAAAGGGCAGCGUGCUCUCAGCCCUUCCCACGAACUUCUGCAUCCACCUUAUGGCAGUACCACCAAGGCUGGGCCUCCUCAUGUGGGUCAUUGGGACUAAAGGCACUAGUUCUGUCCCUGCCAGCAGGGCUAAGUCUAGAGGGAUCUGAUCAAAAGGGAUGGGGGGAAGGUCAUGGACAGAGUGGCUAAGGGGUGGCCUUAGGCCCCUCUUCUAGGUACCAUGGGAGCAGAAUAGGAAACUGUGGCCUCUACAGGUGAGGUCACAGAGGCCUUCUCAGAGGAGGUGAUGCCCGAUUUGGGCUUUGCAGAAAGCAUUUCUCCCGGUUGGAUGCAGCAGGUGUCCCUGGCAGAAGAACCUAGAAGUGUGAGUGAAUCCUAGAAGCCACCUGGAUGUGGCGCUCAGCAGCAGAGUGUGACCAGUAUGCACUGAGCAGCUGGGCUGUCCCAGGAUUGUACCUCAUGCUGGUGGCAAGAAGGUGAACGAGGCAGGCAGGCUGAGUAUAUCUAGGCACAGAGGGUGUGUGUGGUCAUUGCAGAGAUGCACAGCUGGCGGCUGCAUCUGCACAGCUGAGAACGUCUGGAUCUUGUUCACACUCAGCCAGAGGAAAACCCCUGGGCUGACCUGGCUCCUGGAGUCCUGCAGCUUUGGGGCAGAAAAGGGGCAGGGAGCCCGCCAGCUCUCCUCUUCCAUCUACUUAAAGGAGGGCCUGCUUUUGUGACUUCUCUCCCAUCCACAUGACGGUGCCUCCAGCCUUCGCCACCAGACACACUCCCUAAAAACGAGGUGAUGGUUACUCUUCUUGAGGGAGAGCUGUGAACAUCGCAGAGGAAGGUGCAGAAAGAAAGAUUCUAGGCUUGGAGCUUGGUGAGGGUAUUUAGGGGAAGCUCUAAGGAAAUGGGGCUGCUCUAGAUUGGGAGCUGCAGAGAAUGGGAGGCAGCACUACCAACGGGCUCUCAGUACCUCAUCUAUGGAGAGGGGAGAGCAGAGCGAGGCUGAAGGUGUGAUUGGUAAGAAGGAGCAGUCCUGCUUUUCAGCCAGGCGAGGGGGCGUGGUGUUGGGGGGCGCAGUGAUGGGUGUUUGCUGUCUCCUUCGCUCCUGCUCUCAGGGUGACCCUGUGUGAGGCUGGAGUUCUGUGAGAGCCUUUACAUCCAACGGGAGAAGAGCAGCACCCUGUUGUGACACCAGGCCAGCCUCCAGAUGUCAGGGGUUCUUUCUUUCUCAAUCCUUUAUAAACAUUCGUGUGAAUAAACAGAAAGGAACAUACCCAUAGACUUCAAGACUCCUCUUAUUAUUAAAUUCAAUUAACAACAAAAUAUUUCCCAUUUCAUUUACUCUUCAUUGCACCAUAGAAACAAAAGAAAGAUACCAGCUCAGGUGUGUCCAACUCUUUGCAGCCUCAUGGACUAUAGCCCUCCCAGCUCCUCUGUCCAUGAGAUUUCCCAGGCAAGAUACUGGAGUGGACAAGCAUUUCUUUCUCCAGGGGAUCCUCCCUGCCCAGGCAUCGAUCCCAUGUCUCUUUCAUCUUGCGUCUCCUGCAUAACCACUAGCAUUGUUUUUAACCUUUGUCUCUCUCUUUUUGGCCACACUUUUCUAAAGUUCUCUCCUUUGAAUAUUAUUAUGAACUCAUGGCCUUUCACAGACUCAGCCUGUCUCAAUGAAACAUUCAUAGCAAUCAUUCUCUUUUAUUGUUAUUAGUAUAUGUGGGUGCUCCCUUAUGACCACUUCUCUGAUCAUCUUCAAGAGCAUCCUUGUCUUUGCAGGAGCCCAGAUGCCAGUCUCUGGAAUUCACCUCCCCUGCAAGGGUCUUCCUUCCUUUGAGUGGAUGGAAGCCCAUGGCUGCACAUGUGGGUGGGCAAGAUGCUGCCAGACACAGCACAGUUCACUCUCAUUAUUCUGGUUUAACCCUGUUUUCAUGCCUCCUUUUCUAGAGAACUACGUUUCAUCAACAUGACAUGUCUCCUAACUGACAGUUGUCACAGCAGGAGGCACACAUUUCUUGUUGGCAUUUAAUUCAGCUUCUUCCAUCAUCUUUAAGGUGGUGGCACUAGAAACCACCCCAUUCCUGUGGGUUACUGACUGCUAUAAAGUGACUUCUGCUGUUUUAGAGUUAAAACAAUCCAGUCCUAAAAGUGCAUAUGGUUAGAACACAUCAAUUUGUACAGAGCAUUCUGCUCAUUCCUUGCCAAGGAAAACCUUCUUCUUUAGAUAGUUAAUCAAUGUCUUUAAAUGAUAUUAUUACAUUGGGAGCUGCAAUAGUGUGAGAAUGUGUGCCCAGGAGACAGGAACCUGGACUUGGAGUCUGGCUCUAGCACUAGCUGUGUGCUUUGAGUUAAUUGCUUCACCUCUCCGAGCUUCAGUUUCCCUUCUUAUAGGAUCAUUGUGAGAACUAAAAGGAAGUGAAUUCAUACCAAGCAAUUGGGAAGGUGCCUGGUGUAAAGUGGAAAGUCAUCAACCACAAUAGCUAAUAAGUGGAGAGCAGGACUCUGACUUGGCUUGGAAGGAGCUAUAGGAGGGUGAGGUCACACCUCCUUCCAGCCUGACGCAGACAAGAAGCUGAAGGGAGAUCCCUGAGACCCCCUGCUGCCACCAUGAGCUCAGAAAACUUCGGAUACUGCUCAGCAAGUGACUUAGUACGGUGGCCUGGAGAGCACACUCGGAGCAUGGACCACAGAUGGCAGUCCCCAAGGCCAGGCAGGCCUGGGAGAGGAGGUCCUCCAGCAUCAUUGGACUUCUCCUGCUCUCUCCCUUGGCCCAAGCCUCCUCCUGCUCCCAGACCCUGGGGCAUCACCACAGAAGCUGUUUCCUCUGGCUCUUCCCAGCCACCAUCCCAGCCGCUCUGCAAGGAUAUUGAGAUCUUUUUUGAGGAUGUUGUUGAGUGCCUCUGGGACAUACUGAGCAGAGAGACACUGCUACUCCUGCUGAAUGAAUUCCUGGAGAGAAUUAAGGCUGAGGCCAGUUUGUCCAGGGAAGAUGUGGAUGAACUACACAAUUAUCUGAAUGAAUUGAAAAGAGCCUUGGUUGAGGACGACAAAGAAAGACUCUCCAAAGAGCAGCUGGACAGGAGGAGGUUUCUGAAUAAGUUUCGUCGGGUGAAAUGGCAGCUGGAGGAGUGCAUAAGCAAGUUCCAUGAGCUCGCAGACAAGGUUGAGAAGGUCCAUAAGGGAUGUACCAUCUCCAACGUGUUGGUCCAUAGCACCGGUGCUGUGUCUGGUAUUCUGACCAUCGUUGGCCUGGCUCUGGCACCCGUGACAAUGGGGGCCAGUGUGGUGCUCUUGGCCACUGGGAUAGGGCUGGGAGCAGCAGCUACUGUGACCAGUGUGUCCACCAGUAUCAUCGAACAUGUGAAUAGGUCAUCAGCAGAAACCGAAGCCAGUCGCAUGAUGUCAACUUUCAUGAAGAAAUGGAAGGUUCUCCUAGAGGUACUCAAGAGCAUCCCCACAACAGAGAAAGUCACAAAAGCUGUACAGUGCAUUGAAAUACACAUCCAUGCCAUAGAGACAGGCCAAGCCAUUCCUGGCUCUGCAGCCAAUGCAAACAUAGGCGUGAAUGCUGGGAGAAUCUCAUACCCAGCCAUCAAGCAGAUAGAGACAGGUUUCAAAGCCACAGCUUUAACAAUUACCAAAGGAGCCCGGAUCGGGGGUUUGGCCACUGCAGGGGUCUUCCUUCUGGUGGAUGUGGGCUUUAUGGUGAAGGAGUCAAUGCACCUGCAUGAUGGUGCAAAGACAGAAGCAGCUGAAAGCCUGAGGCGGCAGGCAUGGGAGUUGGAGAGGAAGUUGGAGGAGCUCACCCAGAUCUAUGAGAGUCUGCAGGAGGACCUGAUUUAACCACCCCCAGAGCAGUGCUGGGUCCAGGAACAUGUGAGGGUCUAAAGUGCAGAGGUACUUUGUUAGAGGGAAAGAGAGGGAAACCACAUUAAUGAAGCUGGGUGUUAGGAAUUUGGCAUUUCUGUGGUUGAGCACAGCAGGGAAGGGAUGAAUGUAGGUGAUAGAUGAGGAGAGAGAAGGAAGAGGCCUGGAGCCUGGAUUAAGGGAGGAGGGGGGACCAGAGAAUGAGAGGCGGGGAGAAACCACUUUUUUUCAUACUAAGAACGUUUUAUUUUGUAUUGGAGUAUAGCCAAUUAUUAAACAAUUAACAAUGUUGUGAUAGUUUCAGGUGAACAGCAAAGGGACUCAGCCAUUCAUAUACACGUACGCAUUCUCCCCCAAACUCCCCUCCCGUCAGAAACCACUUACUUUGGACUAAAGGUGACACUGGAGGCAGAAUAAAGGGAGAGGCAGGCGAACUAGCAAUGAGAGGCCAGGUAUACGAACGGGUUGAAAAUGGGAGAAGGUCAGUUAGGAUUGUUGGGAUCCAGAAGUAGCAGGGGCUACUCUAUCGCCCUCCACAGGCUGUGAUGUCCCAGCAAGAAGAGACCCCUGGUGGUGGUCUCUAGACCUCUCCUCCAACAUCAACUCACCUUUGGCCCUAGUUAUAUGUCUUACUUCAGUUCAGUUCAGUUCAUUCGCUCAUUCGGUUCCAACUCUUUGCGACCCCAUGGAUUGCAGCACGCCAGGCCUCCCUAUCCAGCACCAACUCCCGGAGUUCACUCAGACU